AUGGCCAGAAAACCCAACGACGACGAGCUGUUGCAGUUGUACGGCCUGUACAAGCAGGCAACGGUGGGGGACAACACCAGCGACAAGCCGGGGGUCUUCGACUUCAAGGGCAAGUACAAAUGGGAGGCCUGGAAGAAGCUCGAGGGAACUUCGCAGGAGGAGGCAGAGAAGAAAUAUAUUGCUCUGGUCGAUGAAUUGAUGACUAAAUACAACUAG